AUGUUGAUCAAGAAGCUUACUUUGACAUUCAAAAUUAGACGUUUUACCAAACACGUCGAUUACCAUCUCCUCGAGCCCCUUGGGUUUGGCUACCAGCAAACCCUCGCCCCUCUCUCCAUUCCUAACCUUCUGACCCCGAUUGGGCACAACGGCAUUUCACCUCCCCCAUCCAUUACAACUACCACUCCAUCACCUCAGGCCAAAAGAAAACGAGACUCUCUCAGCAGCGACGUCACCUCACCUCCAUCAAAGCGGCCAAAGAACUCCACGAAAGUAUUCGAAAAGGCAACACCAAGUGUCCGCCAGGUUCAGGCGAAGAAAAGCACGAGCAAAACUUCAACUCGCAAAACACUUCCUAUUGCAUACAAGCUACCAAUGCGGCCCAAAAACACCAUGACGAAAGAUGUCGUCGUCGAAUUCACCGAGGUGGCCGCCCACACUGCAAAAUGUGACACGUGCAACCACCGCAACAGAGACGGAAUGACACGCUGCACUAAAUGUGGCUGGCAAUGCUGCCGCAGGUGCCUCAACGAGCGCGGUGGAAACAGAAGUCACAAGUCGUUCUCCGAUAUUCAUGUCCCCGCUGACGAGACCAACGAGCCUGCACCAUCUUCAGUCGCCGAAUCCCCUGCUUUACCUGCACGAACCACAAGUGGAGCUGUUGCCAAACCCCGCAGCCCCUCGCCUGUUACUGCUGUGGAUAACGCUCAAAGCGAAGGUGGAAUGGUGAGCACAGCUGAGGACCGUGAGGCCGCCAACGCGUUGAUCAAUUUCUCAUCCUCCCCUUCUGCGAAGAAGGACCCGGUUAGCAACGAAGGUGCGGACUUGGACCAACAGCAUACCGUCACUAAUUCUGGAUCUGGGGAGACGGAAGGUGGCAAUGUGGAAGUCGGUAAUGAUGUUCUGGGCUUGGUGGCUUCGCGAGGAUGGAUGUUCGAUUAUGAGAUAGGAGGCGAAGAGUUCGAGAACCCCAGACGGAACCCAUCUCGACGGGCGAGACCUAUUGACAUGGCUGAGUAA